UGGGAAGACCUGUCUACCCUGAGCGAGAGUGAAAGUUUCUGAGGGUAGAGCACUGCACACUCGGGAAUCGGAGUUUGUUUGUACUUUUAGAGAACUUACGCCCCCGUACAUUACUGCCGGGUUUUAAGGGAACACCAACGAUAUCGUGAAGUAAGCAGCUGGAACCCAUCAGAUCUCUUGUAAGCGUGGAUGCGAGGCUCUGUUUGAAUCAACAUCAUGGACGGCUGAUUCGCGUACUUCAUUGACCUUACAGAAUAUUUGCCAUGCUACAUGGGAAGGUUCUGAACUCCGCCUUGCUCUUCCUCCUCAUCCUCAUCGUCUUUGACAUAGCCAAUGGUCGCUCCUACCCUCGUUUUUCCCGUAAUGACACUGAAUUCCAGCACCUGGUUCUCCACCCGGACCCCACUGUGGGGACGGUGUAUGUGGGGGCCAGGGACCACCUCUUCCAGCUGGAUGGAUCGGACGGACUCCGGUUGGAGCAAGAGGAGGCAACUGGCCCAGUGAGCGACAGCAAAGAGUGCCUUCCCCCAGUCAACGAGUUCAACUGUCCCCAGGCGAGAAGAACCAGUAACCACAACAAACUACUUCUGGUGGAUCCGACGGCAUUGGAGCUGAUCACCUGCGGUAGCAUCCACCAGGGCACCUGCCAGAAACGGAACCUCAAUUCCAUCAAAACAGUUGUUUUCUCCACCGAGAGGCCCGUGGAUACGCAGUACGUCGCCGCCAAUGACCCAUCGGUUUCAACCGUGGGGCUGGUGGUGGGGCUUCGUGGCGGGGAAAGGACAGUGAUGUAUGUGGGGCGGGGCUAUACCGCCAGCCACCCACCCAUCUCCACCCGCCACCUUUCAUCAGAACCCAUCUUUUCCUACGAGGAGACGGCUAAGCUGGCAGUUGCUGGACGUCUGUCGGAAUACGACCACCAUUUUGUGAUGGCUUUCACACGCCGCACUUAUGUUUACUUUUUGUUUUACCGUCGUGACAUCAAGUCAACAUCGAGGGAGUACCGGACGUAUGCUGCCAGAGUGUGCCUGGACGACACCUCCUACUAUUCCUAUGUGGAAGUUCCUCUUGUCUGCCGAUCCUCUUCCUCAAGGAGUUACAACUUUCUCCAGGCUGCUCAGGUGGGACAAGGUGGAGACCAGGAAGGCGAGGAUCUGCUGGGAGUCUUCUCCACCCGUGCCGGCUUCACAAACAACAACCCCCUGGAUGCCUCGGCUCUGUGCGUCUACCCACUGGAGGAGCUGGACAGACAUAUCAACUCCACCCGUGACCUCUGCUACACCCAGGACGGCCGGGUGGAGGGAAAAGGAGAGGUGGCGUAUAUAGAGUACGAGGUCAAGUCCAGCUGUGCCAACCUGCCCAUGAACACCCUCAAGGCAUAUGCCUGCGGCUCCGACCACACCCCCAGUCCAAUGGCGAGCCGGGAACCGCUGGAAGCCAAAGCCGUGUGGCACACCUCAUUCGCCCGUCUCACUGCGGUGGCUGUGAGUGUCAGAGAGGGGCACAGCAUCGCCUUCCUCGGAGACUCCAAAGGAACUCUGCACAAGGUAUAUCUGGGCCAAGAUGGCCGGGUGGAGGUAUAUGCAAACACGACGAUCCAGCCCAACUCCCCCAUUAACAGUGACCUCUUAUUGGACCAGAAUGGAGCGCACAUCUACAUCAUGACCAAAACUACUGUAGAGAAGCGUCCAGUGGCAGAAUGUGGAGCCCACCUUGACUGUCAGUCCUGUCUGUCUGCGAAAGACCCCUAUUGUGGCUGGUGUGUCCUGGAGGGACGGUGUGGCCAGCGCUGGGAGUGCCAGCGAGGCUCCUCACAGGGCCAGUGGCUGUGGAGCUUCAACCAGAUGCAGCAGUGCCUCAGUAUUCAGCACCUCAGCCAGUACAACAUCAGUCGCGGGGAGAAAACUGAUAUCAAAGUGUCAGUAGAGGGCCUCCCCAGCCUGGCAAAAGGAGAGGCAUACUCUUGUUUCUUCCAGGACACAGAAGUUCCUGCGUCAGUCACUGACGCUGGUGUGAUAUGCCCCACCCCCGAUGCCAGCCGACUGCCUCCCAUUGGUCUUGGAGAUGAGUUUGUGAUGGUGACCCUGUCACUGCGCUUUACAAACGUGACGGUGGCAGAAACAGAAUUCACUUUCUACAACUGCAGCUUGGUCCAACAGCUCUCUGGACGCAGACCAUGCCAAGGGUGUGUAAGCAGCCGCUGGGGGUGUAACUGGUGCAUCCACCAGCACGUCUGCACACACACACACAUCUGCAGCCGAGGAGUCACCAUCUACAACCAGAAUUUCAAACCGCCUACACCCACCAUCCCACCACCCACCACUUUACCUCCCACCGUCCCGACAACAACUAAAACCACACCAACAACAACAACAACAAGCAUAACAACAACAACAACAACAACAACAGAGCCACCACCUGCAGAGACACCCACUCCCACCACAGCAGCUGUCCUUACAACUUCCACUACAGUGACACCGCCCACCACCCUUCAAGCUGAAUCCACCUCCCCCCUUACGCUGGCAACAACCUCCCCCUUUGUCAGGGUCUUCAGCCAGGCCACCACCACACACACCCCCAUCACAGGAGGUUGGGGGGCGACGGAUGGAAGCACUACAGGAGCUUUUUUAGAGGAUGAUGAGGCUGAAACCUUGAAUAUCACUGAUGAAACUCCCCAAACUACAUUACCCAGCAGCACUAGUGGUUAUGUAGACUCCAAUGUGGGGUAUUUAGAGCCGUCUGAGGAAGCGGCGUACUCUGAUGUGAGCUCCACCAGCUCCAGUGAUGUGAUUCCUCUCACAGAGCUGCAUCUCAGGGACCAUACGGAGGCUGCAGAGAGUGAGACAGAGAUCGAGACAGCUCCCUGGGAGAAGGAGGAGGAAGUGUCCGAGGUGGAUUCUGCUCCAGGUUCCUCCAUUGCAGAGUCGAGCACCAGAGAAAUGCCGCUCAUCGUCACACAAACCCCCGACAUAUUUAGAACCUAUUUAUCUGAGCCACACUCUGAAUCUGAAGAUAACUACCAAUCAGAUUCCUCCUCUGAUUCUUACUUCCUGGAGUGUCCAUGUGUGGAAAAGGUUCAGGAUUCCUCUCUGCUUCCUGUCAACGUGGAGAGGAAGGUGACUCUGCUGGGACAACACCUACACCUCUUCCAGGAUGAGAAUCUGGACUACGAGUGUGUGUUGGAUAUCGAGAACCAGUCGGUGGUGGUGGAGGCCUCGGUGGAGCUGGAUGCUACACAACCAUCAGUGUUCUCCAUCACCUGCCAACCCCACCAGUACGCCUAUUCUGCCUUAAUGGAGGAAUACCCAGCGAUGAUCAACGUGAGGAGGAAAAACCACUUCCUGAUCGACAGCGCUGACGAUCUGUAUGUUACGCUGUUCAACUGUUCAGUGGGGCGGUCGGACUGCAGCCGGUGUAGAACAGCCGACCCGAAGUACGGCUGUGUGUGGUGCGGGGGGGCUGCCGGCUCCCGCUGCAUGUUUCAGGACUCCUGCAACGAGGACGUCAAAGACUCCUGUCCUGCACCCGUCAUUCACUUUUUGGACCCGGUGUCCGGUCCCGUAGAGGGGGGCACAGUCGUGACCAUUUCAGGUUCAAACCUGGGCCAGAGAGCUGAAGACAUCCAGAACUCUGUCACAGUGGCGGGGGUCCCCUGCAGCGUGAUCAGCAGCAGAUAUGAAGUCUCCUCUAGGAUAGUGUGUGAGACCACCAGCAGUGGAGGGGAGAAGAGCGGCCAGGCCUCGGUCAAAGUGAGGGGCGGGGGACUCGGACUGUCUGCUCAGAUCUUCAGAUUCCAGGAUCCUGUUCUGAGCAGCAUCUCCCCCCAAAGAGGGCCCAAGGCAGGGGGCUCCUCUCUCACCAUCAGGGGCCGCAGACUGAGGACGGGACACCCGAGUGAAGUCAGCGUCCUCAUCGGAGGGGUUUCCUGCGUAGUGCUGAACAUCCAGGAGGAUCACAUCAGCUGUCUGACCAGAGGCAGCAACAGAACAGGGGAACACAGCAUCACCGUGAGAUUCGGAGGCACGGAGCGCCACCUGCAGGGUCUGGUGUAUCACUACACCCCCAAUCCCAACAUCUCCAUGGCUGCCCCGUCCAAAAGCUUUCUCAGCGGAGGACGUAUCAUCAGAGUCUCCGGUAAGAACCUGGAUGUGGUCCAGGAGCCCAAAAUGAGGGUGACACUCAGUCCACCUGACACCCUCCCCCCCAGGAGAAAAAGGAGCGUCAGAGGGAGGGGUGGAAGAAGCCUGAGCAGAGGGCGGGAUCACCGGGGGGGAAUGAAGAGAUGGAGGAGGAUCGUCCCCGAGGCGGAGUGCCCCGAGGGAACGCUCUGUCACGUCAAACAGUAUGAAUCUGGCUGCACGGUGAACGGCUCCGCCCUAAUCCUGUGUCCCACUCCAGCCGUGGGCCCAGAGGCCAGGAGGGCCAGGGUCAAAGUCCACUUUCUGUUGGACAACCUCACUUUUGACUUCAGCGCCGUGGGGGGCGAGCCCUUCAGCUAUGAGCCCAACCCGAGGCUCUACCUGCUGAGCCAGAACGACCCCAGCAAACCGUACCACCACAAACCCGGCAGCAUCAUCUCCGUGGAGGGGGAGAACCUGGAUCUGGCCAUCUACAAGCACGAGGUGGAGGCUCGGAUCGGGGAGGGGGUGUGUUCUGUGAAGACCCUGACCCACAAUCACCUGUACUGUGAACCGCCGACCCAGCAGCCCUCACUCACCGCCGGAAAGAAGCAGGACAGCAUGGAGAGUCUCCCGGAGUUCACAGUGAGGAUGGGGAACCUGAACUUCUCUCUGGGUAGAGUGCAGUACGACAGCCAGGCCCAGUCCACCUUUCCUCUGGAGGCCCAGGUGGGGGUCGGAGUGGGGGCCUCUAUUGUGGCCCUCAUUGUGCUCAUCAUAGUGCUCAUAUACAGGAGGAAGAGCAAGCAGGCCAUGAGGGACUAUAAGAAGGUUCAGAUACAGCUGGAGAACCUGGAGACCAGUGUGAGGGACCGCUGCAAGAAGGAGUUCACAGACCUGAUGACAGAGAUGAUGGACAUGUCCAGUGAUCUGGUGGGCUCGGGGAUACCCUUCCUGGACUACCGGGCGUACGCCGAGCGCAUCUUCUUCCCCGGCCACCAGGAGUCUCCACUGAGACGAGAUCUGGACGUCCCAGAGAGUCGGAGGCAGACGGUGGAGCAGGGGCUGGUGCAGCUGUCCAACCUGCUCAACAGCAAACUCUUCCUCACCAAAUUUAUCCACACUCUGGAGGUCCAGCGGACGUUCUCCCCCAGGGACCGGGCCUAUGUGGCCUCUCUGCUGACGGUGGCCCUGCACGGAAAACUGGAGUACUUCACCGACAUCCUGAAGACGCUGCUCAACGACUUGGUGGAACAGUACGUGGCCAAGAACCCCAAACUGAUGCUCAGGAGAACGGAAUCUGUGGUGGAGAAGCUUUUGACCAACUGGAUGUCCAUCUGCCUCUUUACCUUCCUGAGAGAAUCAGCAGGGGAGUCCUUCUACAUGCUGUUCAGAGCCAUAAAGCACCAGGUGGACAAAGGCCCCGUGGAUGCCGUGACAGGGAAAGCAAAGUACACACUGAACGACAACAGGCUGCUGCGAGAGGACGUGGAGUACAAGACGUUGACCUUGAAUGUUGUGAUGCCCGCUGCAGCCUCCACCGGGGGCACCACCACGCAGACGGUUCCUGCCAAAGUCCUGGACUGUGACACCAUCACGCAAGUGAAGGAGAAACUUCUUGAACAAACCUGGAAGGGAACCUCCUAUUCCCAGAGGCCACACAUCGACUCAUUACACCUCGAGUGGCGUUCAGGUGUCGCAGGUCACCUGAUCCUCUCAGACGAGGACCUGACGUCCGUAGUACAAGGCUUAUGGAAGCGCCUGAACACACUGCAGCACUAUAAGGUUCCUGAUGGAGCGACGGUGGCCCUCGUCCCCAGGAACACCAAAAACCAUCUCCACGACAGCCAUGAUUACAUGCCUGGAGAAAAGACCCCCAUGCUGGAUGACAUGGAGGAGGGGGGGGUGAGGCUGUGGCACCUGGUGAAAGCCAACGAGGAGUCGGAGCUGCCCAAACACAGGAGGGGCAGUGUGAGGGAGAAGGGGGGGGAGAGGGCCAAGGCCAUCCCCGAGAUCUACCUCACCCGCCUGCUCUCCAUGAAGGGCACGCUGCAGAAGUUCGUGGAUGAUCUGUUCACGGCGAUCCUCAGCACCAGCCGUCCUGUUCCUCUGGCUGUCAAGUACUUCUUCGACCUGCUGGAUGAGCAGGCUCUGCAGCACGGCAUCAACGACCCCGAGACCAUCCACAUCUGGAAAACCAACAGUUUACCGCUGCGGUUCUGGAUCAACAUCCUGAAGAACCCGCAGUUCAUCUUCGACGUGCAAACCUCGGACCACGUGGACGCCGUGCUGUCAGUCAUCGCUCAGACCUUCAUGGACUCCUGCACCAUUGCUGACCACAAGCUGGGACGGGACUCUCCCAUCAACAAGUUGCUGUACGCCCGAGACAUCCCGCGCUACAAGCAGAUGGUGGAGAGGUACUACGCAGACAUCCGUCAGACCAUCUCCGCCAGCGACCAGGAGAUGAACUCUGCUCUGGCUGAACUCUCUCGUAACUACACAGCAGAGGUCAACUGCCUCGUGGCUUUACAUGAGCUGUACAAGUACAUCAACAAAUACUACGAUCAAAUCAUCACAGCCCUGGAGGAAGACUGCACUGCCCAGAAGAUGCAGCUGGGUUACCGGCUCCAACAGAUCGCUGCCGCCGUAGAAAACAAAGUCACAGACCUAUGACCCAAAGGACGGGAUACAUUUUUCCUCUAAUCUCAGAGAAAAGACAAAGAUGGGGGCAGCUUCUGUCUCCUUGAGAAAAAAAAAAAAUCUUUUUAUAAUGCAAAAAAAGGACAAAGGUGCGGCACAUUCUGUCAUUUUGACUUUUAGUGAAGGGAGGAAUGAUCUUCACGCAGCGUACACACGGUUCUGUUGCGUUGACGCUUGCCGGUGGGCGUGUUUGGUGCUUGGGGUUAACGUGACCAACAACCAAUCACAUUAAUUUCCCGCCCUGGACACACAUACACGCAGUUUGAUUGGCUAUUGCUUGUAUGGCAUAUUGCAUACGCAGGAUUUGAUUGGCUGGCGCUUUCGUUCGACGCUUGAAAAGUUGAACUUUUCUCAACUUUCACUGCAAGCAACGGAGCCAAAACGAAGCAACGGAACCACAAUGCACUUGACGUCACCCCAUUCAAAGUGAAUGGGAAGGUGCAUCAAGCGUCAACGCACCCGAACGUAACAGGAUCGCUGACAUUGAAGGACACUAAAACUCCCAUGAACUGAACACUGGGAGUUUUCUUUAAGGGGAAAAAAAAGAAGAAUAUGUGAAAUGAAGCACAUAAAAAAAAGGAGUUUAAGUGACUUCUCGCUUUAGCAUUUCCAAACUAAAAGAAGACAUUGUUUGAAACUUUUUCCUCCGUGUCCCGGUGGACUUUUCCUUACGAACUGCACUGAACAUUCCUGAGUAGUCUUACGAUGAGGAAUGGAUGCUGCAGAUGGGCUGGACGAAGAAACACGUUUUCAACCACGAUAUGCCGAAGUCUUACGUAAAGGACGAAUAGUAGAAGAGCUGUUGAGGCCUGUCCGUAUUCGAAAGAUGUUUUCACUCUGCUUUUAGCUUCCUUAAAUCAUUCUACCAACUCUUACUCCGUGGUGUUGAGCUGUUUGGGUUCCAUGGACAGGCUUUUUUUCUUACAUUUUUUAAGCCUCAGAUUGCCAGUUGUGCUUUUUACUGCAAUUUCUAUUUGCUGCCUGUAGUUUGAAGAAGUGAAAAUCAGUGGUUUGUAAAAAGUCUUGAUUUUAUUUUGAAGGGGAUAUGAACGCACACUCUCUACCUUGCUCAUUAUGAAUUCCUGUUAUUCUGAAUGUUCCUUUUUUUUGGUCAUUUUUAUAUGUGUUUCUAUGUACGACCCAAGACAGUUUGAAAGAGGUGCGUUUAUCUAACUCAAUAACUGAUCCGUCCUUUGAGCAAACCAUGACAGUAAUAUAUUUAACAACUUGUAGACAAAAUCCAUAACAAUCGACUUUAAUCUUUACUAAUUUAGUUUUGUGUAUGGAAGAUCAAGCAUUGACUUAAUGGAAAUAAAUGCACAAUUAUAUAAAUAAUGUUCAAAGAAAUUAAGGAAUUUUUCUCUACUUCCACUUUGACCAGGUGUAGUUAACGGUACGUUUUUUUCCCCCUGAAAGGUUCUAAACCUACCACCUAAAGUGCUAAAGAUGGAAUUGGGUAACUGUUGAACAUGGUUAAAACAUUGUAUAAGGGCCAUUGUAUUUUUAUAGAAUUAUCGUUACAUUUUUAACAGAAAAUUAUGAUUAUUAUUGUGAUAAUCCCUAAAUAAUAAUAUAAAUUAACAAACAAACAAAUAAUUUUUAAAUAAUACAUUUUGUAAAUUUGACUUUAAUUUCAGAGAAUGUUCCCGUAAAUUUGUGAGUUUUUUUCGUGUACAUUUCCUGAGUACGGUCGAAUUGUCAAAAAAUCUGCUCCUAUCGUUAAUUCCUAUCCACUAUUCCAUGACGUGCCAUGCAAAAGUCACGGAAUAGUGGAUAGGAAGCGCUAACGCAAGUUAUGGCAUAAGUUUUAACUUGUUUAAUAAGCACCGUAACUUUCAUGAAACGCAUUUCUCCGUCACGAUCGGCUGUUUCCGUGGUCGGACGAAUGUUGCGUCAUGGUAAAUGUUGCGGCCGCAUUGCAUUGUGGGACAGCAUUUUAUCCUUUCCUUUCGUAAACGAAGGUCCAGUGUUCCCUAAACUAAAGGAGGUUAUAAAGAAAGUUUCAAAGCUCCUUUCCUAGAGAAUUCGAACAGCUCUUAUCAUGGCUGCCACUGGUACUUUCGGGUAAUGUUGGUCCGUUAGGAACCUUCCUAAGCUAAACUGACAAUUCGACCGCAACCACAGUGCCUUUUUUGGAUAGUUACGCAACCCCAAACUCAAACAUUUUUUAUUUAUUUUUUACUACAAUUAUCCCUAAUACACCCUCUUAGAUCACAACAUAAUUGUUUGUCACGUCAUUUCAUCAGUUUAUCUAAAUUGCUUUGGCCAAUUUUAUUUUUCUGAUUUUUUGUUUGUAAAUUAAGACAACCUUGAUCUUCCAUAUUUAAGAGGAUUUGUGUAUUCUCUACGUAAUAUUCUGUUUGGUUUAUUUUUUUUACGCAGCCAAUACCGCAACUUAUAUUUUUCUGUUCUUCACUGUAGUCUAUCUCUGUAACUUUUAAUAUAACGCUCAAUGUUUUGGACUGUUUCAUGCUGAAAGUAAAUUGCCUGUGCCAUGAUUUUAAGCUUUAUUUCUGUUACAUUUCUGGUCUCAAAGUGAUUGCCAGACUUGUUACUGCUACAAGCUACACUUCUUAAUCUUUUAAUAAUUCUUUCCAUUCUCUCCAGACUUAAUAUGAUUAAUACACAGACGUGCCUAUUUUCCCUGUUGCUCCUUGAUGCCACAUGUAAAAAAUGUUUCUAGUUUUUUCCAAUUUAAUUUAUUUUAUAUUUAUUCUAUUGCAUUUGUUGUUGGUUUUAUUUUUUCAAACAUAUUAAUAAUAGUGGGUACGCCCCUUCCAAUCACAUGUUUAUUCAUGUUUUUUGUUUUUUUUAGAGCAACAGAUGUUUUUUUUAACAUCAUGGGAAAAAAGGCGUUGAUCUCAAGAUAGUAGGAGCUGUCUUGAAAUUUGAUUUAAAUAUGUCCUUUCGCAUCAUUUUUAGCAGUAGAGAAACAUGAUUUGUACAGUUGCAAGCGAUUAUGUUGUACAUAAAAAAGUAAAAAUAAAACAUUCUUUGCACAUUAGUGUUGCUUGUGGCUAACUUGUGUAUGCAAAGCUUGGUUCCAAUGUGUUUACCAUGUUCCUGUAGAUACAUACUGCUCUUAAGUAACCUCCACUAGUGUUCUCUUACUAAUUGAUAGGAUGAACCUAACGACAACUUAAUGUGAUGCAAUAAAGUGGUUCCAAAGUUAA